AUGGUCUUUCCAUUCCGUGCCAAAACCGCCAACACUCCCCCGCCCCCUCCUCUCGCCACCGACAACAACAUGCCACCCCCUCAUCCUUCUGCCAUUGAAAACCAUGUUUCGCCAUCAACAGGUCCUCCACCCCGCUAUACUGCCGUCGUGCGCAGGGUCUACCCUUACACACUCAGACCUAUCGUGAUAUUUGUGUCGAUAGUGGGGUUCAUCUAUGGAAUCGCUCUGGGUGUAGAAAGUAUUAAAGGCAGGAACGAUGAUGGAGAAACGAGCAAAAUGAAGGUCUUCGAUAUCAUUGAGGCCAUAAUGUUCUUCGUCAUUGCGGGGACGGAGCUCUUUGUCCUUGCUGUGGCUAUCAUGCAAAGCCUCCAGCUGGCGAGGUUAUUCAUCGUCCUUGUUCCUGUGGGCGUUUUGGUCAACCUUGCAGUCAGCAUCGUGUCCAUCAUUGUGCACUUUACUCUCAAGUCUGACUUGAUCAGCCAAUGUGUGACGAAUGAGGAGGGCGAUUCUUUCAGCGACAGCUGGAGUGGCUCGUCUUUCAAUGUCACCAACACACAAGCCAACACUAUCUGUAACAAUUCGUGGAACCGCGGAACUUGGGGUGUCUUUGCUUGGUUGCUCAUCACUCUCGGUAUUUCUCUCCUAUUCGCAUCGACGUACUUUUCCUACUACCACCAACUCCUCGACCCCACCUCCGUUCGGGAGCGACAGAAUUACCGACAGAAUCAAAAUCAAGCCUUUCCCAUGCAGUCUAGCUACCCUCCCCCUCCGGACGGACAGCAAGCAUGGAUGGUGCCACCUUAUCCUGGGCCUCCCGCCCCCCCUGGUCACUACGCCAACAAUCCUCCUCCUCCUGCCGGGUACGAAAAAUCUGACUACCACCCCGGCGCCGAAUGGGCUCAGGGAGACUAUGCGCCUCCUGCAGGCGCGCCUCCCAGGGAAAGAGACAUUGGGGAGAACAGGGCUGAGGAGGAGGCUUGGGAUAGGGCUAGAUCACAGGGUGUCACGGCUCAUCUGACCGGACAUGGAUUUGCACCUAGGAGGAGCUCGGAUAGCUUGAAUGGAGGGUACGCGAUACCGAAUGCUGAGGAAGAUGAGGCGUGGGAGCGGGCGAGGAAUGAAGGUGUCACUUCGCAUUUGACGGGCAACAAGAGGAACGGAGAGAGAGAUGUAUGA